ACCUCGGGAAACAGCGCGCGGCCCAUGCAGCCGGAUCCGGCAUGGCCGGUCGUGCCGUGCCCAUCCCCACGCCCGCCGCAUGGCUCCUGCCUCCAUAGCUCAUCACCCGCACGGCUGCCCUGCCUCCAUCUGCCCUGCCUUCGAUCGGGAAUUGCAUUGAGGCGUACGAAAUGCUUAAUCAACACCGUGAUGCGCGGGCACUCAAACGUACUGACGCAGCAUCCAUACGCGUACUGACCACGCCGUCAGUCGAGCAAGCAAAAAUCAAACCAGCAACGGUGCCAAUAGUUUCACUUCCGCCUUGGCACCUUCCAGUCCAGGUCUUCUCAUGCAUCCUUGUCCUUCCUGGCCGCGCUACAGGAACGUGACGGCGGCGGCGAGGAACCGGAGGCUGUCCCCGCUCAGGCCACGGCUGCCGCUGCCGCUGCCGCCGCCGCGCCUCCUCGCCGUGGCCAUCGCCUUCGCCUUCGCUCUCCUCUUCUUGGUCCUCGUGCUUCUCUCCACCACCUCCCCUCCUCCCUCGCCACCAUCCCACCAGCACGCCGUCGUCGCAAGAACCUCCUCGUCCUCGGCACCGCCGUCGCCUCGCUGCAGCAGCGCGGCGGCGAGCCUCGGGGAGCUCGGCGACGCGAUGGUGUCCAUGCUGCCCAGGGACCUCCCGUUCACCGUCUUCGUGCCUUCGGCGGACUCUUUCACCCGCGUCCUCAGGCUGCAGGGGUCGUCGUCGUCCAACGCCAGCGCUGCCGCCGCUGGAGGGGAAGAAGCGGCGGCCAGCGACACCGACGGCAACACCUACGCCAUCCUCUCCCGCGUGCUCGGCUUCUCCGCGGUUCCUCGGCGCCUGCUCGCCGCGGACGUGCCGCCGCCGCCGCGCGGGGCCGGGCCGGUGCGUCUCCUGGACUCCGUGUCCGGGCUGAGGCUCUACGCGUCCAGGGACGCUCGCGGGGCGCUUGUCGUGAACGGCGUGCGGUCGGAGUGCGUCGAUAUUGUUAGGGGCGAGACCGUGGUGCAUGUCAUGGCGGGUGUCCUCAUGGACGCCGAAUUUGAGCGUUCUUUCUCUGCGGAAUUUGAUGGUUGAUCAAGUUAUCAACCCUUUGAGUUUGUUAGUUCGCUUCUUUAUUGAGAGGAAUUGCACGACAAUGCACGUUGGCACUUGGCAGUACUUCAACCUCCGAUGAAAUCAGACGGAUUUUGAACUCCAUUUGAAGAAAAAAGUUAACACUUUGCUCU